GGACGCACAAAGAGUCACGUGCAUGAAAAACACGAUACACUAAAAGUUUUUUUUGUACCUUUUUUUGUUGUUGUUGUCGUUCAUACUCUUUUUUUUUUCUUUAAUAAGCAUUCAAAAUGACGAAAACCACAAUCAUGAAGCGCAUAGUCGCACUAUUUAAAAAGACGCAUGAAAAAAAGGAAGAACAACCCCCUUACCCACCAGAGCUCGAAAGCACUUACAAGAUUACGAAAAAGACGUUGGGAGUUGGCUCGUUUGCUGUUGUUAAGGAAUGCAUUCAUCGGUCUACGCAUCAACCUUUUGCGCUCAAGAUUAUAUUAAAGAAGGCAAUUGCAGGCAAGGAGCAUAUGUUGAGUAGCGAACUAGAUAUCUUGAAACAAGUGAGACACCCACACAUUGUAUCAAUGCAUAAUUUAUAUGAGUCAAAAGACGCCGUGUAUAUUGUUACAGAUCUGGCUGGAGGAGGAGAAUUAUUUCAACAGCUAUUAAAGAAAGGAAGUUAUACCGAAAAAGAUGCUUCGAAUUUGACCAGACAAAUGCUGGAAGGCUUACAAUAUUUGCACGAACGAGACAUUGUGCAUCGUGAUAUGAAACCUGAGAAUUUACUAUUUCAAACAGUUGGUGACGACGCAACUUUAAUGAUUACAGAUUUUGGGCUUAGUAAAAUUUUAAAAGCACAAGAUGAUAUUUUAACAACGGCAUGCGGCACACCUGGUUAUGUUGCGCCCGAGGUUCUAUUACAAACAGGACACAACAAACCUGUGGAUCUAUGGAGCGUAGGCGUGAUUUUGUUUACAUUGUUGAGUGGGUAUACGCCAUUUUGGGGUGAAGAUCAAACGAGUUUGUUUGAAUCCAUCAUGUCUGGUCAAUACGAAUAUGACGAUGAAUACUGGUCAGAUAUAUCCAACUCUGCCAAAAACUUGAUAGAUAGAUUAUUGACGUUUGAUCCUAAUGAACGUAUCACAGCAGAAGAAGCACUUUUACAUCCGUGGAUCAAAGGAUCCAAGGAAGCAGGACCUAGAUCCAGUACAAAUUUAGCGCCUGCUAUUCGUAAAGGCUAUAGUAGCCGAGGCAGUUUAAAUGCCAUUGCGCUUCUAAAUCAGCAGUACAAGACUUCGGAAGAGUCUAGCGAGGAAGAAUUUAGAAAAAGUGCUGAAGUAAAAGAUCUUGAAGUUUUAAACUAAAAGGAAAACAAGGAUUUAUUUGUUUUUUUUAU